AUCCAUGGCGAAAUCUUCUGCAAAUAAUCAUCAACCUCAAACUAAACCAUAUAUCCAAGAACCAAACUUCAAUCCGAUUCGUCAUUUCAUUGAUACACUCCUAAAAUGCAAUAACCUUGAGCAAAUCAGACAAGUUCAUGCUCAUAUUACUAUCUACGGUUUGUAUCAUAACCUAAUUGUUGUAAACAAGCUCCUUUACUUAUACACAUAUUCAAAAUCCCUUAAAGACGCUCACGCUCUAUUUGGUGUAAUGAAAGAAAGAGACGCCGUAACUUGGACUGUCAUGAUUGGUGGUUUUGCAAAGAGUUGUUUAACUAUGAGAUAUGAGAGCUUGAUUUUGCAAGAUAUUGUGUCCAGCAGUAACCGUUCAUUACAAUUGUCACAAAAAGAAUGAGUUACAUUUGCGGGACAUUCAAUGAAAAAAGGGUUCUACUGCU